UGCGUGUUCACGUGCAGUGUCACCGGUGCCGCUCCGAAAUCUUGUCUGUUUCAGCUGCGUGUAUCAUCACAGCUGGGAACCGUGAGUGAAUACCCGGUCUAUCCAUCUUCUCUCAGUGAACGGUUUUCUUCUUGUGGCAUUCCCCCACAUCUUCUAAAAUGGAGAUAAGGGAAGAUAUUAAUCCAGUCCUUCGCAACAUCCUGCAUUUCCUGAUGUGGCUUUAUGGCAUUAUUUCAUUUGUUCCCUGGUUCUUACUCUCAGGUGCAAGAGAGAGGCAGAGCCUUGCAAAUCGGGUAAAAGCUAAACCUUUGAAAGACAAUCCAGGAAACCCUUACCGAUCCGUGGACAGCUUCAACACCCUGGCCUCCUCUCUUUACCCUGGUUGUGAUACGCUGGAUAAGGUUUUUAAAUAUGCUACAGACAAGUUUAAAGACAAAAACUGUCUUGGAACUAGGGAAGUGAUAAUAGAGGAAGAUGAGGUGCAGCCUAACGGAAAAAUUUUCAAAAAGGUGAUUUUGGGCAUGUAUAACUGGGUCUCGUAUGAAGACGCCUACACAAUAGCUUCACAGUUUGGAAGUGGACUUGCUGCCCUUGGUCAGAAGCCCAAGGCAAACAUUGCAAUAUUCUGUGAGACUCGAGCUGAAUGGAUGAUUUCGGCCCAGGCCUGCUUCAUGUACAAUUUCCCGCUUGUCACACUUUAUUCCACCCUUGGAGGUUCCGCCAUUGCCCAUGGACUUACAGAAACAGAGGUCACCCAUAUUAUAACAAGCAAAGAGCUGCUACAGACAAAGCUGAAGGGCAUUCUUCCUCAGGUCCCUCUACUAAGGCAUAUUAUCCUGGUUGAUGGCACAAGCUCGCGGCAAACAGACUUUCCUAAGAACAUCACUAUAAACAGCAUGGCUGCAGUCCAAGAUCUGGGAGCAAAGCAAUUGAACAAGCAGCAUUGCUCCCCAGUGGCACAAGACAUUGCUGUUGUUAUGUAUACAAGUGGCUCUACAGGCAUCCCCAAAGGAGUGAUGAUAUCUCACAGUAACUUGAUAGCUGGUAUCACAGGCAUGGCUCAAAGGAUAAGCAAUAUAGGAGAGACUGACACAUACAUUGGUUACUUACCCUUGGCCCAUGUCUUAGAGCUGAGCGCUGAGCUGGUUUGUUUCUCAAAUGGCUGCCGCAUUGGAUACUCCUCACCUCAGACCCUCUCAGAUCAGUCAACUAAAAUUAAGAAAGGGAGCAAAGGUGACGCAUCAGAACUUCAGCCGACUCUGAUGGCAGCUGUCCCUGAAAUCAUGGACCGAAUUUACAAAAACGUCAUGAGUAAAGUUGCUACCAUGAGCCCGGUACAAAAGGGUCUCUUCUCACUGGCCUACAACUACAAAAUGAAGCAGAUAUCCAGAGGGUACAGCACACCACUCUGUGACAGGAUUGUUUUUAGGAAAGUUAGAAAACUUCUGGGCGGGAAGAUGCGAGUUCUUCUUUCUGGGGGUGCUCCACUUUCAGCUGCAACCCAGCGUUUUAUGAACAUCUGUUUCUGCUGUCCUGUUGGUCAGGGUUAUGGCCUAACGGAAACCUGCGGAGCUGGGACUAUUACAGAAAUGUUUGAUUACAGCACAGGCAGGGUUGGAGCUCCUUUGAUCUGUUGUGAGAUAAAACUGAAAAACUGGGAAGAAGGCAGCUACUUCAACACCGACAAGCCAUUCCCAAGAGGAGAGAUUAUUAUUGGUGGCUCCAAUGUGACCAUGGGAUACUACAAAAAUGAAAUGAAGACCAAAGAGGAUUUCUUUGUGGAUGAAAAUGGUCAACGCUGGUUCUGCACUGGUGACAUAGGAGAGUUUCACUCUGAUGGUUGCUUGAAAAUUAUUGAUAGGAAAAAGGACCUUGUUAAGCUCCAAGCUGGAGAAUAUGUCUCUCUCGGAAAAGUGGAGGCUGCACUGAAGAACCUUUCAAUUGUUGAUAACAUCUGUGCAUAUGCAAACAGUGACCAAUCAUAUGUGAUCGGAUUUGUGGUUCCAAAUCAAAAGGAUCUAAUGAAUCUGGCAGAGAAAAGAAGUAUACAAGGGAACUGGGAAUCCCUCUGUAACAACCCAAUCAUGGAGAAAGAAGUGCAGAAGGUGUUGGCAGAGUCUCCUGCAGCAGCCACCCUUGAAAAGUUUGAAGUUCCAGCAAAGAUUCGUCUAGUUUCAGAGCCCUGGACCCCUGAGACAGGACUGGUUACUGAUGCAUUCAAACUCAAGCGCAAAGAGCUUAAAAGUCACUACCAAGAAGAUAUUGAAAGGAUGUAUGGGGGCAAAUAAAACCAGAAUCCCCUUCCUGAAGAAGCACCCUUUUGCUGUCAGAAUGGCAAGUUAUGAUUGCUGCUUUUGCAGCAACUGGGUGCAAGAGUCAAUCCACACAGAGAUCAAAAAUACUUGAAUUCCUCCAUCGACGGAAACAAAACAUAGGAAUAUUUUUUCUCUCUUGAGUUUGUUACAACUUCCUGGUACAAUGCUGAUUCCAAUAUUGAACUGACAGUUAUAUAUAUGAUAUGUGUACAUAUAUAUAUAUUUACAUAUAUAUUUUUGUCUGGACAAUUCUUCACUCUACCAGACAGCCCAAAGUAUGCUGUGAAUAUAAUGGCCUUCAGAACACAGGAGUUAGUGCAAUCUAUUGACUGUCUGUUUAUGCCUUAUGUGAUGGAAUCGUAAACAUGGUAAAUACACCAAGUAGAGACCAUUACCACCAUGCUAUCCUGUAAGAUGUGCAUGUGUAGGACCUCAGCCAUUUUGUGCAUGAGCUAUUCAGGUCAGUUUUGUAAAUGUUUUGUACUUGAAUAUUUGAGGCAGCAGUCCACUACGAUCAUUAUUUUUCUAUCUAUAUAUAUACAUAUAUAUGUGUGUGUAACUCUCUCAGGUCAGUUAUAUUUCUAAUAAUAAAAUCUCAAUAAAUUGCAAGGGUUCCCAUAAAGCAUAAUAUUUUCUAUUUUAUCUCUAAGCCGUUCAGCCUAGAAAAAAGAGGUGCAGGAAUUAAAGAAACCUUUUAUAUAGCCUAAAUCAACCAUGCAAGAUCUGGUAAACCAUCUCUUUUGAGUGCAAUAAAACAAGAAAGGUUGAUCAGUUCUACAAUACAUUUGAUUUUUAGCAGUGCAUACAUCAUUGAAUUAGUGAAAUAAUUUGUCGUUUGAUUUCUGCGUUUGACACUGCAUUACCAAAUUAAGUUUCAAUAAAUCAGAGCAUCUAAUAAAGGAUAAUAAACCCUCAGCAUCUUCAGUCAUUUCUGUUCUCUCCAGAAAUAUAUUUUCAUGAAAUUACCAUUUGCCUAUAUCUUACUAGGGACCUUCAAUAAAGGUUUCAGAAAAACUGUCCGCAGAUGUUUAUAUUUUAUAACUGACUCUUAAAGGGACUGUCAACGUUCUUACGUGCAGAAUUAUGUAACAUUAAUCUAGUGGUGCCUGUAAAAAAUGCCGUGCUGCUGCUGUAUUUUUACUCAAGUGUGUUGCACUGUUGAGCUAAAUCUGGUGAGUUCCCAUGCUGUGUAAAGCAGCCAACUGCUUUACCCUGCUCAGGAGCGCGCUACAUUUAGUUCAACUGUGCUAUUGAGGAAAAAAAAACAGAGCUGCAGAAGAAGAUGGCAAGGAAUGUAAAGUUUUUUACGAGCACCACUAGUUUAAUGUUACAUAAAUCUGCACUUAGUGCAGAAUUAUGUAACAUUAAUUAGAAUGUUGACUGACCCUUUAAAUUUAGUUUUUGAGACAGUGUCUAGUUUUUAAAAAAAAAAAAAAAGUUUAUCUAUUUUGGAUAACACUUUCCAUGCAGAAUAUAGAAAAUUAUAACACUACUCUCCAGUCUUUGUAUUCUCUCUAAAACUUUAGUGUAGACUCCUGUGUAAAACUUUUUUUUUGUGAUUUAAUUAUCUUUUUGUUUAUUGACGAAAUAAAAGUACAAAAUAUCACUCCAGUUUCCUGAUGCGUGAGUUGUUUCCAUGGACUGCUGCUUCAAAUAUCAUAUUUAAACUACAAACUCUGGAAAACAAGACGUGGUUUACAACUUAUGUAAAUUUAAAGUAUGCUUUGUAUAAAAAGGAAUUUAAAUCACUGAAGAAAUCCUAUAUCUGUAAGUUAUUUAUCCCACCCAGGUUUUCUAGCUAUGUCCUCAGAUGGGCUGGUUGGAUUUCUGAAUAGUGUACAAUAUGUAAAUGUGUUACCUUUUGUGACAAACAUCUUAUCAUUUUUCCUUUUAUGAAAUUACCCAUCUCUUUAAUUAGGUCUAAAAUGAAACCGUCCAAUACUACAUCUGACCUUUGUUAUUUAUCCUUGUUCAAUAUGCCCAUUUGUAAUUAUGAACAAUUCAGUGCUCAAAGGCUUUGGCAUUGUGUGGAAUGUAAAUGAGAUAUCAAAUGGCCAGAUUCAAAGAGGAUGAUUGUAAGAUGUUUAAACUGGGGGUUUUAUUUCUUUUAACUGUAUUUUGUUUUGUCUUUUAGUUUUGUGCCUGUGGAUAUAGAGCUCUUGGUGGUACAUUACCACUUGGGCUUGCAUGAUAUGGGUUGCGACACAUUUACAGCUUUUUGUGUGUUGUGUUCUUGCUUUAGGGAUGUGCUAAAGGUCUGUUUUUAAACUGUUUCUGUAGCAUAGAGCAAUGUUUAAGAAUUGUGAAAUCCAUUUCCGUCAAUCUAUGAAUUGGUUUGUUCUCUCUUUUUUUUUUUUUUUUUUUUUAUAUUUAUUUCUUAAAUGCUCAGUUUCCAACUGUUUAUAUAGGUCAAACUUUUCAGCAGCAGCUAUAUACUUUAUCUGAAUUUGGUAUCCGUGUACACUGUGAUCCCUUAUUAAACCUUUAUAAAUAUUU